GGGCGAAAAGGAAUGAUUAUAUUUAUGUAAUGAGUCGAAAAGGUUGCGCAAUAUCACAUGUUCAUUCAGUCAAUUCUUGGUUGUAUUUUAAUUAAAUGAAUUCUUCUAUGACUUCAUUCUAUGAAAAAUAGUUGAUUAUUUGGUUUACGGUGUUAACAAUUAUAUAUACAGAUGAACCCACUUAUAAAUCGCGCAAUUUUUAUUAACGAACGAUUGUCAUUUGGUUAUUUCAUACGACAAUUUCGGUUAUCAUCACAAAACAUGGUUAUCGCUGUAGGAGAAAAGUUACCCACAAUUGAUCUUUUUGAAGAUUCUCCCGCAAAUAAAGUAAAUCUUGGCAAAAUUGCUGCUGGGAAAAAAAUUGUAGUUUUUGCAGUGCCAGGUGCAUUUACACCAGGAUGUUCAAAGACACAUCUUCCUGGUUAUAUACAAAAAGCUGAUGAAUUGAAAUCUAAAGGAGUUGCAGAAAUCUUUUGUAUUUCUGUAAAUGAUCCGUUUGUAAUGGCAGCAUGGGGUAAAGAACAUGGAGCUGAAGGCAAAGUACGUAUGCUGGCAGAUCCUGCAGCUCAGUUUACAGAUGCAUUGGAGCUAUCUGUAGAUUUACCGGUAUUGGGUGGAAAAAGAAGUAAACGAUAUUCUAUGAUUCUUGAAGAUGGAAUAGUUAAAGAGUUGAAUGUUGAGCCUGAUAAUACAGGCCUUUCUUGUUCUUUGGUACAAAAUAUUAAACUUUAAAAUAUACUCUAUUGAAUAUUAUCUAGUAAUUUCUUGUUAGAAAAUUAUUAAUAGUUUUUUGAUUAACUUAUAAAUUCUGGCAUGUGUGCAUAAAAUAAAACGAUUAUUCAUCACACAAUAUUAAAAUUUGUUAAAUAAAAUAUAUAUACCUGUA